UUUUUUUUUUCUUUUUUUUUUUAUCCUCUAUUUUUCUCUCAAUAUCUUUGUUCGUUGCUUGACAACUUACUUUGACAACAAAAAAAAACCAGCCUACUAUCUAUUGUAUUACAACCUCUUUUCUUUUUUUUCGACCGGCUUUAUUGAUUGAACGCCCUUCUUUCAUUCAUCCCAACUCUAAACAAAAAACAAAAAGAUUCUUUAUCGCGAAACUAUCUAAAAACAACAACAUGGAGAUUCUCGAACUUGUUCAUCAAGAAAAUUCAUUAAGCGUCGACCGACCUUUUGAAUGUACUUUUAAUAACUGUAAAAAAACCUUUGGACGAAGAUCAGACCUCGUAAGACAUUCUCGCAUUCAUACAAAUGAAAGACCAUAUAAAUGUAGAGAACCUAAUUGUGGCAAAAGUUUUAUUCAGCGCUCUGCUUUGACGGUGCACAUGCGGACCCAUUCUGGUGAAAGGCCUCAUCUCUGUGAAUUCCCUCACUGUAACAAGAGUUUCAGUGACAGCAGUUCUCUUGCUCGUCAUCGUCGUACACAUACCGGCAAACGUCCUUACAGAUGCCCUUUUGAUGGCUGCUCAAAGAGCUUUGUUCGUAAAACCAUCUUGACAAAACAUAUGAAGAUGGAUCACACCACCAAUGGACGCAGACCUUCUGUUCAAUGGCAGCCUUUUAUCGAAGAACGUCGCAAAUUGAUGCUUCAACAACAACAACAACAACAACAACAACAAUUGCAGCAGCAACAGCAACAGCAACAGCAACAUCAUUCAUUCACGACAGCCUGUGCUUGCACAGAUUGCUAUCCUUCGUCCGUUGGAAAGAAUGAAUCUCAGCUGUAUGUCUCAUCACCCCCUACUACCCUCAUCUUGUCUCUUUAUGAUGAAAAGACCACCACGAGCCCUACCUUAACAAACGAUGAUGCAUCAAGUAACAGCAGUAGCAGUAACCCUUCUUCUCCCACCAGCACAUCUUGGCCUUACUCUGCGCCUCCUACCUCUUUCCAUUCUUCAGUACCCUUCUAUCCUUAUCAACAACAGCAAUCACAACCACAACCAUAUCAACCACCUGCUUUGACGCAACAACCCCUAUUAACUGAAUGGAUCCCUUCCUACACUACUCUUCAUCAGCAACAACAACAACAGUCUCAUUUUGUUCAACCCUCCUCCAUGGACUCUACUGUCAAACUACCCAGUCUAUCCAACUUGUUGUUAUCUCCCUCCACCUCCACCCAAUGCGAUAGUGCUUGUUCUUUAUAUUAAUUUUCUGAUCAUCACUUUCGGCCACUCUAUCCAUCAACCACUCUUUUUUUUAACAAGAUGCCAUCAUAAAAGAAGAAAAAGGAAAAAAAAAAAAAAAAAAAAAAAAAAAAA